UCGCAGAGAUGAGUCAGAAACAAAAGAAGAGGAUGUCCUCACACAGAUGAAACAGCUGUUGACGUCUGAUGGGGCGAGUGGAAUUACCUAAGUCAUUUGCGAUCCCGAGCCGGAGUUCCAACGCAGGUGCUAAGAGGAGAGUAACGAAUAAGGUGAGGGAAAAAAGCUCCCACUUGCGAGAAGCCUCGAGGAGCAGCGCCCCUCUGUCUUGUCUCCGGGAGACAGGUUCUCUGUCAUUCUCAAGAAAGGAAGUUGAAGUACGGUUGCCUUUGCUUAUAACUUUUCGGAGAUGCGGGUCUUCAUUGCAUUGAGUUUGGUGGUUCUGGUUAUGGGUCACCCGGCUCAUGAACGCAAUUUUCCAAGCAACGUUUACCAUAAACGCAGCAUUCAGGCCGAUGGAAAACAGCUCAACAUUUUGAAAAAUAUGAAUGGCAACGAGGAAAUCAUACUUGCUGGUCAGGCCAAGAAAUCUGCUCACGAGAUCGAGAAGCGUGACUCGGAGGAUGCCGCACAUUCCAUCGAGAAGCGACAGGCAGAGAAUACGAACGGCACCGCUGAAAACGGCGCCAAAGAGCAAGUGGCUGUCAGCAACGAAGGCGCCGUUGCAAGACAAGGGGUCAACGGCCAGUAUGUCUAUGCUUCUGACUACGGAGGACCCAUUGUACAGAUUGAACAGCAUGUGUACAAGUCCUCCUGCUGCAGUGGAGGUGGCUCCGCCUGUCCUUGUUCAGAAAACGGAACAGCGUCCUCAUCGGGACCUUAAAGUGAACAUCAGAGGCCAUUGUGCGCGUAGGCUGCUUCCAUGAUGAUUCUUCACUAUAUUUUACCUUCUUACAUUGUAUUCAUUCAUUUUCCACUUAUCAGCGUGGUCUAGGAACUCCCCCUUUCUCUUUCCCUCUCUUAGCACUCUUCAUUAAUUACUGAUAGAUCCGCAUACUGUCAUCUUAUGAAUAUAUGCUUUUUAACCCUACAGUGAUCACAGCCCCAAUAAUGUAAUUUAGAGGAUAUUGUUUUCUAGUAUAUUGGCGUAAAUAAUUACAUGGCAAUAUUGGUAUAUAGUAUAUCGAGUUAAAUAAUGACAUUGAAAGUAUUGGUUUCCAGUUUAUCGACGUGAAUAACUAAAUGUCAACCUCUAUAUAUAUUCCUUUACGUCCUUUUUUUUUAUAUUGAUAUACCAGCUUUUGAAGCAAAAGAAAAAAAAGUUCUGUGUGACAUUUACUUUCAUUUAUAAGUUCUUUGGAAGGAUGUCCUUCAAAUAUCACUGACAAUAUUUGGCAACUCACAGAGGGGUCUCGGAAAUCUUGCCAGAUGAACGUCAAUUACACCAGUUUCGUUUAUAUUUCAGAAAAAUCACAUGAAAGAAGAAAGUAAAGGCGAAUAAAGAUUUUGAUGCUAUGACUGAAUGGAAAAAACUCAAAAUUAGUCAACAUUCUUUGCCUUUAGUCACCAAGGUACUGCUUUACGACCAAUAGUGGGUCAGACAAAAUAAAUUCUGAUGUUUUAGAAUUCCAGAACACAUCCGUCGGCGUCAGAGAAUUAGCUUUGUAAUGCCAGUGCUAUGAAUCAGUCAGUCGUUCCUUGGCAGCUUCAGAUCAGUGUAUUAGAACUCUGCUAACAACCUUUAUAGUUUGUAUAAUCUUAUCAGCCUAAAUUGGAUAUAUCAGCCUUGGGAUGCUUUCUGAAUCACUUUCGAAUAAACAUUAUGUAUGAAAUUAAAAAUUUAUUUACUAAU